AUGACGACUGGUCCCGCUUGGACGGGUCCAUUCAUCGGCCAGACGGGUCGCAAGUAUAACAUCGAACGGGUGCUCCGAGAAGAAACAUGCCCUCCACACCAUGUUUACGUUGCAACUGCCGACAAUCAAACUUUCGUAUUGAAACAUAUCCAUGCGGUCAACUUCGACGACCUGGAAGCGAUAAAUAAUAGACUGCGCAGCUAUGCUAGCCAUAUACGCCUCUCUGAAGACACCAUACCCGAAAGGUCAAUGUUUGUUUUCAGGUACUUUGCAGACCAUCUUUUGCACUUUGCUCAGAUGGACCUACCUCUUAAGGUGAUGAAAAGAAUACUCAAACGCGCCCUUCGUGGAAUAGCAGAGCUUCAUGAGCAGGACAUUGUGCACACUGGUAAGCUGAUCCUGUCGAGAGUCGAUGAGCGGGGGCUCACUGCAGGAAACUGGAUGUGGAGGAGCCCUGAGGCCCACGCUAAGGGGCCUGUGAACAAGCCAUCUGAUGUUUUCUCGUUUGCUCUUGUCUGCAUUUAUGCGAUUCAUAAAAGAGUGGUUUUCGCUGUCGGCGAAGAUGAGUUGGACGAGGGCGUGGACCCGUUGGCUGUUGUGAUUGAACGCCAAAUUUCCUAUUUUGCAGACGAGGAAGGGCUAAAAGGCUUCCUGAACUAUCUUGGGGAUAGUCCUUGGACCCAAGUUUUUGAAGUCAUUCGAGAUGGUUUCAAUGAAGACAACCCACGGAAGCCCUUUUCUCUUUGGAGCGGCGUUGAUAAUGACUUCAAAGAUUUGAUUUGCCCUAUGACAAAUUUUGAUCCAGCGAAAAGGAUCACAGCGCGCGAGGCACUGGUUCAUAGGUGGUUUGCGGAUGAUUGA